GUCCCACAAAUGUCCCACAAAAAGUCGGUAAUCGACGGCAAAAAGAUUGGUUUGAUAUAUUUUUCUGCGAAUCUGCACAAGCAAAAUAAGCAUCUUCCGGUCAACGUAGAAAGUGAUAGUCCUGUUUUCUUUGACCGGCCAUUUUAGUGUAGAGUUGGGACUCAAAUUGCAAAAAAACACGUAAAAUUUCUGCAAAGAAACGAAAAACAAAAAGCAUAAACAAACCACAUAUACAAGAACAGCGUAGAAGAUAUACCUCUAUGAUCUUAAUUGCAUGGUUUGUCAAGACUGAUUUAAAGUAUGGGUGAUACAAGAAUACAUCAAAUCUCUAGUUCUAUAAAGGAAGAACCCAAGUCCUCUGAUACACAGCAAACUUUUAUCUACCAACCAAAUCAAGAUGCAGAACAAGAGUUUUUUGAUUUGAGUAGCAUCGUAAAUAAAGUAAGACGUAAACUGCAAAACAAACCACACGAAUGUGAUGAAUGUGGGAAAAACUUUGGUCGAUCUGGACACCUUAAAGAACACUUGAUAACUCACACAGGGCAGAAACCACACCAAUGUGAUCAAUGUGGCAAGUGCUUUACUCGAUCUGGAAACCUUAAAGUACACCUAAGAACUCACUCAGGACAGAAACCACACAAAUGUGAUGAAUGUGGCAAGUGCUUUGGUCAACCUGGAACCCUGAAAACACACCUAUUGAUUCACUCAGGACAGAAACCACACCAAUGUGAUGAAUGUGGCAAGUGCUUUGGUCAAUCUAGAACCCUGAAAACACACCAAUUAAUUCACUCAGGGCAAAAACCACACCAAUGUGAUGAAUGUGGCAAGUGCUUUACUCUAUCUGGACACCUUAAAGAACACUUGAUAACUCACACAGGACAGAAACCACACCAAUGUGAUCAAUGUGGCAAGCGCUUUACUCGAUCAGGAAACCUUAAAGUACACUUAAUAACUCAUGCAGGACAGAAACCUCACCAAUGUGAUGAAUGUGGAAAGCGCUUUACUCUAUCUAGACACCUUAAAUUACACUUAAUAACUCACUCAGGACAGAAACCACACCGAUGUGAUCAAUGUGGCAAGCGCUUUACUCGAUCUGAAUCCCUGAAAAGACACCUAAUAACUUACUCACAAAAGCCACACCAAUGUGAUCAAUGUGGAAAGUGUUUUACUCUAUUAGGAGAUCUUAGAAGACACCAAUUUAUUCACUCAAGACAGACACCACACAAAUGUGGUAGUGUGGAAAGUUCUUUGGUCAAUCUAGGACCCUGAAAACACCUAUUGAUUCACUCAGGACAGAAACCUCACAUAGUCAUGAAUUUGGGAAGUGUUUUACUCUAUCUAGAGUACACUUAAUAACUCACUCAGGACAGAAACCACACAAUGUGAUGAAUGUGGCAAGCGCUUUACUUGAUCUGGAUCCCUGGAAAUACACUUAAUAACUCACUCAGGACAGAAACCACACAAUGUGAUGAAUGUGGCAAGCGCUUUACUCGAUCUGGAAAUACACUUAAUAACUCACUCAGGACAGAAACCACACAAUGUGAUGAAUGUGGCAAGCGCUUUACUCGAUCUGGAUCCCUGGAAAUACACUUAAUAACUCACUCAGGACAGAAACCACACAAUGUGAUGAAUGUGGCAAGCAUUUUACUCUAUCUGGAUCCCUGGAAAUACACUUAAUAACUCACUCAGGACAGAAACCACACAAUGUGAUGAAUGUGGCAAGCAAUUUACUCGAUCUGGAUCCCUGGAAAUACACUUAAUAACUCACUCAGGACAGAAACCACACAAUGUGAUGAAUGUGGCAAGCAUUUGACUCGAUCUGGAUCCCUGGAAAUACACUUAAUAACUCACUCAGGACAGAAACCACACAAUGUGAUGAAUGUGGCAAGCAUUUGACUCGAUCUGGAUCCCUGGAAAUACACUUAAUAACUCACUCAGGACAGAAACCACACAAUGUGAUGAAUGUGGCAAGCAUUUGACUCGAUCUGGAUCCCUGGAAAUACACUUAAUAACUCACAGGACAGAAACCACACAAUGUGAUGAAUGUGGCAAGCACUUGACUCGAUCUGGAUCCCUGGAAAUACACUUAAUAACUCACUCAGGACAGAAACCACACAAUGUGAUGAAUGUGGCAAGCAUUUGACUCGAUCUGGAUCCCUGGAAAUACACUUAAUAACUCACUCAGGACAGAAACCACACAAUGUGAUGAAUGUGGCAAGCAUUUGACUCGAUCUGGAUCCCUGGAAAUACACUUAAUAGCUCACUCAGGACAGAAACCACACAAUGUGAUGAAUGUGGCAAGCAUUUGACUCGAUCUGGAUCCCUGGAAAUACACUUAAUAACUCACUCAGGACAAAAACCACAUUGCACCUGACUCACAUAAUGAUAAAUAUGGCAAAUGCUUUGCUCAAUCUUUAUAUUUGAUGAUAAACUUAUUUGUAAGGUAUUAAACUUAACAAUUGUGAGGACAAUUGCUUGAAUAAAGUAUAUUAUAAGCAUUUCAAUGAUGUAUUGUUCAAAAAAUAUACCCUUGCGAGAGUUGGUAACAUGAUUAUACAUUACCUUAAUAUUUGAUAACAUAUCAUAAAAACUACUCUUUUUCUUUUCUAAAAUAACGUUUAUAUUUGUAGUAUAAAAUUGAUAUUUGUAAUAUUCUGUGCAGAUUAACUUGAAAAAUAACAGAAAAAUAGCUGAGAAAUAAAUAAUGUUGGUGACA